AUGGAGGACGAGACCCGAGACGGAGACGGUGGCAGCACCGCCGCUAGUGGAAUCAUUAGCCACCGCUCCGAUUCUAUCAACGAAAUCAAACAAGCCGCCGAAACAGUCGACGGUGUUGAUAUCCUCAGCACUAUGCCAGAUGAGAUCCUGCACCAUAUUCUCUCCUUUGUUCCCACCGAGAUCGCCAUCACUACUUCCGUCUUGUCCAAACGAUGGAGGCCUGUAUGGUGCGGGACACAUAGUCUCGACUUUGAUGACUCUGAUGAAUCUAGAAGAACGGCGACGGAUGGAGACGUAAACCAAACCCUAAUAUCCUCCAAGGCUUCGAAACUCACGAGUUUCCAUCUUCGCGUGACCAAGUCUGAUGUCUCUGCGCCACAAAUGGAUAGAUGGAUCGAGUUCGCUAUGUCCCGCAACGUGGAGAAUCUGUCUUUGUCAGUCAACUGCAAGGAGACUCAUAGUCUCCCAGAUGUCUUGUAUCGGAGUUCCUCUUUAGAGCAACUAACCAUAUCCGCGGAGAUUGAUAUCAUUCCAAGCUGCACAGUGUCUUGGAAAUCCCUGAGGAAGCUGAAACUGAAAGAUUGUUGUCUCUAUGAUAAAUAUUUUGCUAAUAUUCUCUCUGGCUGUCCAGUUCUUGAAACCUUGAGCUUGUUUUGCUGUGAUGCUUUACCUAAGCGUCUUGAUCUGAGUAAAUCACCUAGUGUGAAGAGACUGGAGAUAUAUCAAUUGUAUCAUACGGCAGGACCAAUGAAGAUUAUAGCGCCCCACAUCCAUUCUUUGAGUAUGAGAAGCUCUGAGGGACUAUUUCCUUUGGUGGAUGUCUCUUCUUUGACCGACGCUACCCUUGACGUUUUCUUGUUUCACCUACAAUCUCCAUUGUAUUAUGCUGAUUUUCUUCAAAAAAUGGUGCUAAAGAUGCUAGCCAAAUUGCAAAACGUAGAGAGGCUUACUCUUCAUGGAAACCUUCUUCAGAUUCUAUCUCUCGCCGAGCUCCGUGGUGUUCCUUUCCCAACGCUCAAGGUCAAAACUUUGACUCUUGAAACCGUUCUUGGAAGAUCUGUUAUUCCUGGUAUAGAAAGGUUACUACAAAGUUCACCUGGCUUAAAGAAGCUAAUAGCACACGCAACGGACCUUGCCGACAUAAAGGAUAGGGAUGUGGACAGCUAUUUGGAUUCACAAGGCUUGAAUCCGAAUCAAAUUUGGAGAUCAAAAUAUAAGGCGUUUCCUGAAUUAAUCGAGUAUAAUGGGACGAUAAAAUCUUGUAACCGUGCAAUGUCCAAACUUGUGGCUUCCUACAUGGAGAUGUUGCUGAGGAACGCAAACACAAUAGAGACGUUGGUUGUAGGGUUGAGAUGUAUCGGCUCUUAUGAUGCAGAAUGGUUUGAAGAGUUGCUUCAGAUGAUUUCCAACAACAAUAACGUCUCCAUUGUCUUCAAACGCUAA